CGCAGGGCCAAGAACAAGGCGACUUGGCUUUGUAAAGCGUCAAGAGCGGGAGCAUUUUUCAAUUUGAUCGAAAACCAUGAAGUGCGCUCUCUCACUCGCGUGCGUUGCCGCCGUCGCAUCGGCGUCCAACUACCACCGUGGUGUCGGCGCCGCCGCUCCAGGCGGUUGGACCCCUGCCAACGUCGAAGACGUCAAGAAGGUCUACUACAGCGUGUCCCCUACCGAGUCCUCGUACACGCCGGCCACCAUGCUCCGCCUCUGCGCGACUGAAUUCACGUCGGCCGAGAUGCAGGUCGUCAACGGUAUCAACUACAAGCUGCAUGUGCAAGCGUGCACCGUGAGCUCGGCCAAGGAGGCCACUCCCACGUGCUCGUGCCCCUCGGGUGCCAGCAAGGCAUACGCGAUCAACCUCUUCAAGGACCCGAAUGAAGUGACGAAGGUGUCGAACAUCGAGCUGGACACCCCGGCCGACGGAACGCCCACGACAACUCCCGAAACAAAGAUUGGCGGCGCGUCCGCCCCUCGCCCGGUCACCGAAGACGACAAAGCGAUCUUCACCCGUGCGACGUCCGACGAGGCCAACUACGCGAGCAGUCAACUCGCGCGCGUGUGUGCGUCAGAGUUCAUUUCUGUCUCGACGCAAGUGGUUGCAGGAAUGAACUACAUUUUCACAGUCAAGGGGUGCGCCUUGGAGAAAGCGCCGCUCGCGACCGCCGACUGCAAGACGACGUGUGCGUCCAAGCAAGCGGCGACGUUCCAAAUCAAGGUCUUUGCCGGCUUGGACAACACAGUCAAAGUGUCGGGGGUCUCUUCUGCUGCGGGCUCGCCUGAACUUCCGUCCAACUCUGCUAGCGGGGUCGAGGUCGCGAACUCUACCGCGACCACCCCCGCCACCCCUACCCCUACCGCCACCACCGUCGUUAUGAAUUCCGCUGCGACUGGACUUAGCCUCGGCUUCACGGUGGCGUGCUUGGUCACUGCGGCUGCUGCCGUUCUCUAAGUUCUAUCAUUUUCUACGAUUCGCGUCGAUCUCUCGUUGCCAGCCGCCUUCUCCUUCGCCGUCACGGCCGCCGAUGCGCAUCUUUGCAUCAAGCUCUCGUCCCACACGAAACUCAGAAACUCGACUCAGAUGUGAUUUUUUUAAAUGUGGAUACUGUAUACUAAGUUCAAAU